GGUGUAGUCCUAAUAGUCUUACAGUCAGUUAUCCAAUAGACAGUUCCACGAACAGGAUCAUUGUCAUCCUUUGAUACAAACUGGGGGAUUAGAAGACUCUUAAACACCUGUAGAGAUUGGCUUCAUUGGAAAUACUACAACCAUGGGCUUCCCUCUAUGCCUACGUCUUCUCUCUUUGAUUUUCACAACUGCUUGUGGUUCAGGUUUUAGUGACGACUCAACACUUAAUGAAAACUCUUAUCAGGAAAAGUGGAUGGAGUCUAUACCUGAUGACAAACUCCUUUCAGCUGUUACUAUCCCCGGAACUCACGAGAGCCUAACUCUGUACGGUGGACCUCUUACACAGUGUCAGGCUUGGACCUUGGAGAACCAGCUGAAAGCAGGAUUGCGGUACUUUGAUAUACGUGUAGAAGCCAGUAUGUUCCACAACAUCCUUGAUGUCAUGGAUGGGCAUUUAGUACACACCAAGUUCCAUGAGGUGCUGAACAUUCUAUGGGAGUUCUUGGACAAACAUGGAAGUGAGUCUGUGCUUUUGAGAGUGACACUGCAAGGAAUAAGCAUGAAAAAAGCUGGAAAAUGUAUCAAAACAUUGAUUGAGAAUUCUGAAGAUAGAGUAUGGACAAAGAUAUUUGUCCCCAAAAUGCAAGAAGCAAGGGGGAAGAUCAUCUUCGUGCAGAGUACCAAUUUCAAUGUUGGAACACUUAACCAUGACACUUUUGUCACAGGCGACGACACAUUCAAAGACAUUGAAAACAAGAUGAAGAAGAUCACAAAACACCUGAAAGAAGCUGAAGAGAAUUGUGGUCAUGCAUUGGCACUGACCGAUUCCUCCGCCACAGCCAUUUUCAAAGGCCCUAAAACUGUGGCCAAAAUGGUUAAUGGUCAGCUCAAUAAGCUCAUAGUUGAACUACAGACAGGCUCUAACAAAUCAGACUGCUUGGGGGUAAUCAGCAUGGACUUCCCCAGUCCAGACCUCAUCCAUAACAUCAUUGAGGUCAAUGGAAAACCAGGGAGUGGUUCAUCUGAGCACUCAGAAGAGCCUGAAUCAGUGGAGCCUGCACCAGCAGAGCCUGAACAUACAGGUUUUAGUGAUGACUCAACACUUAAUGAAAACUCUUAUCAGGAAAAGUGGAUGGAGUCUAUACCUGAUGACAAACUCCUUUCAGCUGUUACUAUCCCCGGAACUCACGAGAGCCUAACUCUGUACGGUGGACCACUUAUACAGUGUCAGGCUUGGACCUUGGAGAACCAGCUGAAAGCAGGAUUGCGGUACUUUGAUAUACGUGUAGAGGCCAGUAUGUUCCACAACAUCCUUGAUGUCAUGGAUGGGCAUUUAGUACACACCAAGUUCCAUGAGGUGCUGAACAUUCUAUGGGAGUUCUUGGACAAACAUGGAAGUGAGUCUGUGCUUUUGAGAGUAACACUGCAAGGAAUAAGCAUGAAAAAAGCUGGAAAAUGUAUCAAAACAUUGAUUGAGAAUUCUGAAGAUAGAGUAUGGACAAAGACAUUUGUCCCUAAAAUGCAAGAAGCAAAGGGGAAGAUCAUCUUCGUGCAGAGUACCAAUUUCAAUGUUGGAACACUUAACCAUGACACUUUUGUCACAGGCGACGACACAUUCAAAGACAUUGAAAACAAGAUGAAGAAGAUCACAAAACACCUGAAAGAAGCUGAAGAGAAUUGUGGUCAUGCAUUGGCACUGACCGAUUCCUCCGCCACAGCCAUUUUCAAAGGCCCUAAAACUGUGGCCAAAAUGGUUAAUGGUCAGCUCAAUAAGCUCAUAGUUGAACUACAGACAGGCUCUAACAAACCAGACUGCUUGGGGGUAAUCAGCAUGGACUUCCCCAGUCCAGACCUCAUCCAUAACAUCAUUGAGAUAAACAGAAAUCCAGGAAAUGGUUCAUCUGAACAACCAGAACAGCCUGAACCAUUAGAGCAGGAACCUGCAAAGCCUCAGCCAGCCGAAGAACCUGAACCAGUACAGCCUGAACCGGCACAGCCUGAAACAGCAGGGCCUGGGCCAGUAGAGCCCGAGCCAGCGGAGCCUGAACCAGCAGAAACUCAGCCAGUAGAAGAGCCUGAACCAGCAGAGCCUGAACCAGUAGAGUCAGAGCCAGCAGAGGCUGAACCAGCAGAACCUGAACCAGCAGAGCCUCAGCCAGCAGAAGAGCCUGAACCAGCAGAGGCUGAACCAGCAGAGCCAGAGCCAGCAGAGGCUGAACCAGCAGAGGUUCAGCCAUUAGAAGAGCCUGAACCAGCAGAGCCAGAGCCAGCAGAGGCUGAACCAGUAGAGCCUGAACCCGCAGAGCCUGAACCAGUAGAGCCAGAGCCUGAACCAGUAGAGCCAGCAGAGCCUGAACCAGUAGAUCCUGAACCAGUAGAGCCAGCAGAGGCUGAACCAGCAGAGCCUGAACCAGUAGAUCCUGAACCAGUAGAGGCUGAACCAGCAGAGCCCCAACUUGCAGAAGAACCAGCAGAAGAGCCUGAACCAGCAGAGCCUGAACCAGUAGAGCCAGAGCCAGCAGAGACUGAGCCAGCAGAGCCUGAACCAGCAGAGACUGAACCAGUAGAGCACGAGCCAGCAGAGCCUGAACCAGCAGAGCCAGAACCAGUAGACACUGAACCAGCAGAGGCCGAACCAGUAGAGGCUUAACCAGCAGAACCUGAAACAGCAGAACCUGGGCCUGAACCCCCAGGGUAGCCCAAAGAGCCUUACUGGAAUAACCAAGGAAGAAGAGAUGCAAUGAGAAACAUUGAAGUGAUUAAAAAACACAAUUAUUGUCAAAUUAACCUUAGUAAAGAAGAAUCCCAUCUAAAACCUUACAACAAUAAAUACAAAAUCAAAUGCUCCCUUCAAACAGUAAAACAAUUCUCUACUAUGUGGUAUUUUGUAUAUCAACUGCAUGUUUAACUAGGAAAGACCAACUGUUCCAUGUUGCAGUUGAAAUAUACAAAUCUGAUAGUUACUUUAAAAUGAACCCAUCUGUGCUGAGAUCUGUCUGAGGGUAGUUUUUUCCUAUCAAUACGUUUAAUAAAAUAGCAUAGGGCCUUUCAGAAACCUGUAUCUAAACCCACAGUGACACCUACAGGUUACAAUGCAUAUUACUGCUUGUUUUGAUGGUGAUUCAUCUGGACAUGUAAAUGAUUUCAAGUCUCUAAGGGGAUCACUUACACCCUCUUAUGUAUGUAACAUUUCCGUUUAAAAUGUUUUCUAAAAAAAAUCUCUCUAUUAUGUAUGUAGAAGAGCUGCUUCAAAUAAUAUAUCUAAAACAACGUAUAAUGUCAACAUAAAUAGUUAGAUACAAAGGCUGCGUUUACAUACAGUGGGGCAAAAAAGUAUUUAGUCAGCCACCAAUUGUGCAAGUUCUCCCACUUAAAAAGAUGAGAGUGGCCUGUAAUUUUCAUCAUAUGUACACUACAACUAUGUCAGACAAAAUGAGGAAAAAAAAUCCAGAAAAUCACAUUGUAGGAUUUUUACUGAAUUUAUUUGCAAAUUAUGGUGGAAAAUAAGUAUUUGGUCACCUACAAACAAGAAAGAUUUCUGGCUCUCACAGACCUGUAACUUCUUCUUUAAGAGGCUCCUCUGUCCUCCACUUGUUACCUGUAUUAAUGGCACCUGUUUGAACUUGUUAUCAAUAUAAAAUACACCUGCCCACAACCUCAAACAGUCACACUGUCACAAAGUAAGUUGAGAGGGGAGGGGUGUAUCUUUGCUAUAAAAGAUCUCAGUUGCCAUUAUGUUGGGACUCUCAGAAUUCAUUUAUAGACUCUGAAUUGAUCUGAGAGUCAAAUGGCUAUGGUGAAGCUCAUAUAAUUAAAGAUGAAGUUUAAAUAUAACUCUGACUUGUGUGUGGUU